AUGUGCUUUUUGAAUAUAACUAUUUCCUCCUCAUUCGAUCGACACCCCCGGAGUCGCCUCCCACCUAAGCAUCUCUAUCCAACAUCUCUGCCGCCUGUAUUAUGGGCUAAAAGAGAAGGAGGCGACUACCACGUCUUAACAUUUGGCAUUCACACCUACCAUAAUGACAACAGGUAUUCGCUGAACUUCGAGCAACCGAAUAACUGGAAGCUGCAGAUCCGUUACGUCCAGAAGAGAGACGAGGGCCUCUACGAGUGCCAGGUGUCCACGCAUCCGCCCAAGAUAAAAAGGGUGUUUCUCAGCGUCACCGUGCCGAAGAUCGAGAUCCGCGACCCCCGGGGCAUGGUGGUCAACUACGCCUACUACCGCGUCGAUUCCACGGUAGGCCUACAGUGCGUGGUGGUGCCGGCCGCCCCCACGCGCUCCGUGUGGUGGAAGAAGGAUGGGUUCGUCAUCACCACGCAGCCGCAGAGAGGCAUUCGUGUCGACUCGUCUAUGGUCGCCGGAGGACUCACGACGUGGCUGCACAUCGCUCGAGCGGCCGUGGAGGAUUCCGGAAACUACACAUGCGCUGCAGGAGACACCAUCACCGCCCACGUCAGAGUUCAUGUUCUGGAUGGUGAGUUCACUGUAAUUCCGGUCGCUGGCGCUGAGCAUUUCCUCCGGAAUGCUUUCGGGUCAUGCUCUGGCGCCGUGGUGGGGUGACCUUCGCAGAAUGCCCCGCAGUCAUUCAUCGGUUUCGGGGAGAUCAGCUGUACCUCUAACUACAUACUUAUAGGGGCCGUUGUGAAGCCUCAAGUAUACAGACCUUUGAAAAUUCCUGAAAUCCAGAUGAAUUAAUCCAUUACCACUUAUCAGACUAAGAUUAACAACAACAACAACAAAAAUGAGUACGUUGAGCGAUGCAGUACCGAUAAAGUGUUGAAUCCUUUCAUGAGGGAAAUGAGACCCUGAGAGAUAACUUAUAUUGGGAGAAAGUCCACUAACAUGAUUUUUCUCUCUUCCAGUUAACGUGUGUAAUCUUAAUUUUUAUAGUCAUUACAGAUCUUUUCAGAGGAAUGGACGUCGUUUGUAAAGAUUCA